UGUGCUUGUUUCUAAUCUUAUUCUACAUCCAGGCUGCAACAAUAUCUUGCUUCCUUACUUUUUACAUUAAAGCUAAUGCUCAACUAUGAACACUAUUUGUUUCAGAUGUUCCACACUGGAGCUGAAAUGAACCCUGCCAGAUACUUCACCCCUGCUCUGUUCAAGAGGAACUUCAUGAACCACUGGGUGUACAGGGUGGGUCCCAUGAUCCGUGGUUCUAUGGGCGCCGUCAUGUAUGACUUCAUGCUCUUCCCCCGCAUUUGUGGCCUGGCCGAGAGGGUAGCCACCCUGAAAGGCAGCCGGCCUCUGGAGCAGGACACCUGUGGGGAGCCCAUCAAGCUCAAGAUGAUGUCCCACACUGGAGCUGAAAUGAACCCUGCCAGAUCCUUCACCCCUGCUGUGUUCAAGAGGAACUUCAUAAACCACUGGAUGUUCUACACUGGAGCUGAAAUGAACCCUGCCAGAUACUUCACCCCUGCUCUGUUCAAGAGGAACUUCAUGAACCACUGGGUGUACAGGGUGGGUCCCAUGAUCUGUGGUGCUAUGGGCGCCGUCAUGUAUGACUUCAUGUUCUUCCCCGUAUUUGUGACCUGGCCGAGAGGGUAGCCACCCUGAAAGGCAGCCGGCCUCUGGAGCAGGAGCCCAUCAAGCUCAAGACCCAGGCCCUAUACCGUAACCCUGCCACCAAGCCAGGGGAUGCAGUGGCCAGCCAGAAUUGUUAUAGUAGCCCCCUCCUUCCAGCAACCCAACUCUUCUCCUCCAAGCAACCCAGCUCUUCUCCUCCAAGCAACCCAGCUCUUCUCCUCCCAACAAUCCAGCUCUCCUCCUCCCAGCAAUACAGCUCUCCUCUGGCUCACUGUCUAUGACAGUGUGUGUAUGUAUGCCUUAGUCUGAAUGUUCUCUCAUUUACACUCUACACUCUACAAUCUACACUCAUGACGGGUGAGCUAUAACAGUCAACUUGGACAUACUUUUUUACCAUUACAUUUCAUUACCAGUAUGAUCUCAAAGUUUUGUUUUUCAUUUCUAUUGUUAUCUACAAUACAAGAUGUGGAUGUUUGAUUCGUCUGUGUGUGAAUGACUGAAAAUUCACUGCAGCUUUUUAUUUUUGGUUUAUAUCAUUACAAAUCAUGCAUGUGUUUGAGUGUUUGAGGGGGAGUGUGGGCCA